AUGUUCAGGUCCGCCGAAUGUUUUGGGCUUACACACCUCAGGAAACAAAAUGAGGAACUGAAAUUUAAGGGACUAAAUGGAGGGCAAAGCAAUCUCAGGCCAGUAGUUUUAUUAUUUAACCAAAGCCUAGAGGCACUGUUUGACCGGAAAAAAGUUGCAGGACUGAUAACUCCAGUUUUGCCGAACUCACAUGCUGCAGCAGCGGCAGUAGACUCGAGCUCAUCACCAGCAACGUUAUCUGCAACAUCCACGGACACUUCGGCCACUACUGCGGUAUCCACAGUCACUGCAACAGACACAUUUACUGCACCAGUCCCACUGUCUGGCCAAGCGAAACAGCAGGCAGUAAACGGUGAGUUCCAUACAAAUACUCACACGUUUUCUUCCAUCCUCACAACAGCUACUGCUACUACUACUACUACUGCUACUUCUGCUACAGCUGCUGCUACAACUGUUAUCACUCCUAUCAGUACACGUCAUGAUAGUAAUGCUGUUACACCGAUUCCUGCCAGUAAUACAGGCAUUGAUGCCGCACCCCGCUCGAACUUCGGCCUAUCGCAUAAAACCGUUAGCACCAAUUAUGAUAAGCAAAAUACUGGGAAACCACGUUUGUUCCGGAUUGCAGUUAACGAUGGGAACAGUGUUAGGCGAGAAGAUGAUGUUGAUGGCUUCGAUGACCAUUUUGCAUUCUUCUGGCCAACCGUACGUCCUUCCAGACGUAUUCCUCAUCGUAUUGCAUUCACUUCUAUGCCAACUUUGGACGAAACAUCGAUAGCAGCUACGAAACAAUACUUUGCUGGAAGAAAUGGUAGUGCUGCAUUUCGUGAUUCGCAUGACCAGGUCAUCCGAGAUGCGUACGGAUCAAAUGUUGGCAUAUACGAGAAGUCUGCUUCUUCUGCGAUGGCCAAAAACAAAAAGCUUGGGCUUAUAACGCUUGGCACUAGCAGCGGUAGACCUGAUCACAUGCGGCACCAUGCCAAUAACACACUUCACGUGUCGUCUGCACCGCUUGUUUCUUCAGCUGCACCACUAUUCUCUGUAGCUUCCAGCGGCAUCCAGGUUUUAAGCACAACACCGCCAGGCACCGCGCCAUCACGACAACCUAAUCAAAAUUAUUUUGAAGAUUUAUGGAGCGAUAUUGCUGCACCCUCAGUGAUUGUCGCCACUGUAGCGGAGGAACAGCCGAGGCAGACAAGUACCAUAACAACCGGUACUGCAGUGCCUCCUACUGCCACAAGCAACGAGCCACCGAUCGCUGCAGGCGCAGAUAUUGCCUCCGGGCAUUCCGCCGAAACAGCGCUUCCUAAUGAAUAUGUUAAUACGAUUGCAUCAACUGUUCUUCCACUUGUCGAGGAUAUCAGUACGGAGUGGUCGUUAGCAGUUGAAAAUAAGCCGGGAACACGAGAGGAAUGGCUUAAGGAAAGCGAAUUGGCAUUACGAGGUAGCGAGAAGUCCGGUGCAGGAGAAGGAGCAGCCGAGCCGCAAACGCACCACAAGCAGCCACAGCGUGUCCUUACCCAGCCAACAACGUGCAGGCAAAGUGGCCCAUCGUCUGACCAAUAUCCAAUGGUUUGCAAUGGGAAGCAAUCCGGUUAUGCACCAAUUCCGGCUGAAAUGUCACCUCCAAUGAUGCAUCAGGAUCAGCCGGGGCAGCCGCAUGCUGCUUUCUUCCAGAAUCGAGUGGAUCAGUUGAACGGCUACCAGCCAAUCAAGGGUGUUGUGAUACCGAACGGUAACAGUCCUGUAGGAAGUACGAAAGGUAAUGGUGCUUCUACGAAUGGCAGGAAAAGAGAAUUCAAAGAAUGGUACGUUUAA